CUUUAUUUAGCGGAAUAUGGCUGCUGUGCUCCCCGUCAGACCGCCUUGCGACAGCAACCCCGCUACUCCUGGAGCCCAGUCCAUAAAGGAGGAUAUAAUAGAAGAGGUAUCCAAUGAUGGCAGCCAGCCUCCCAAGAGGAGGAGAAUGGGUUCAGGCGACAGCUCUCGAAGCUGUGACACCUCCAGCCAAGAGCUUGGUCCAACAUAUUUCCCAGCAGAGAACCUGACAGAGUACAAAUGGCCGCCAGAUGAUACAGGAGAGUAUUACAUGCUGCAGGAGCAGGUCAGCGAGUAUCUGGGAGUCACAUCCUUCAAGAGGAAGUACCCUGAUAUGGAGAGGAGAGACUUGUCCCACAAAGAGAAGCUCUACCUGCGCGAACAGAACGUCAUCACUGAGACACAGUGCACUCUGGGUCUGACAGCUCUGCGGAGUGAUGAGGUGAUAGAUCUGAUGAUAAAGGAGUAUCCCACCAAACACUCUGAGUACUCGGUCAUACUGCAGGAGAGAGAGCGACAGAGAAUAGCUAAAGAGUACUCUCAAAUGCAGCAGCAGAACCCUCAGAAGGUGGAGGCCAGCAAAGUACCUGAGUACAUUAAGAAGGCAGCUAAAAAGGCUGCAGAGUUCAACAGUAACUUCAACAGGGAGCGUAUGGAAGAGAGGAGAGCUUAUUUUGACCUCCAGACACAUAUUAUCCAGGUGCCCCAGGGAAGGUUCAAGGUGCUUGCUCCAGAGCUGACCAGGACAGGGCCCUACCCUGUGGCUCUCAUACCAGGACAGUUCCAGGACUACUACAAAAAGUACUCUCCCAAUGAGCUGCGGUACCUGCCGUUGAACACAGCUCUGUUUGAGCCUCCACUGGAUCCAGAGCUCCCUGCGCUGGACUCAGAACCCGACUCAGACGACGCUGAGGAUGGCAAGGAUGAAAAAAAGAACAAGAACUCAUCUGACAGUUCUUCAGGCAACACAUCAGACGUGGAGAGCCAGGAGGGAGGAGGCGGACAGGGCCACAAGUCCAAGGCCAAAGACAGGACAUCCACGCCGGGCAAAGACGGCCAUCGCCAUUCUGCCUCCCACAAAUCCACCCCAGGGUACAAGCCUAAGGUCAUUCCCAAUGCUAUAUGUGGCAUUUGCCAGAAGGGUAAAGAGGCCAACAAGAAAGGCAAGCCAGAGGCUCUCAUUCACUGCUCCCAAUGUGAUAACAGCGGCCACCCAUCCUGCUUGGACAUGAGUGAGGAGCUGGUGGGUGUGAUCCAGACGUACCGCUGGCAGUGUAUGGAGUGUAAGACGUGCACCGUGUGCCAGCAGCCCCACCAUGAGGACGAGAUGAUGUUCUGUGACAAAUGUGACCGAGGAUACCACACGUUCUGCGUGGGCAUGGACUCCAUACCUAAUGGUCUUUGGGUAUGUGAGGUGUGCGACAAAAAUUUCACCACACCCAAGAAGAAGGGAGGAGCCAAAACACCCAAGAAGUCCAAGUCGGCUCAGAAAUGACCGACGGCAUCAUUAACUACAAUACCUUGACCAAAUUCUCAUUUGUAUAAUCGUUUACAGAAGCUGUAAAGUGUUAAAGGAUCAGGGUGGAAAUUGAACGUCCUCAAAAGCUUUCUGAAUGACUAUGACUAUCUGAAAAGUCCGGUCUUUGAUCUAAAUUUAAUCUAAAGUGUAGUUCCACUACCAAAAAAUACCAAAAAUUGUUGUUACUGAUUUACAAGUCGUUCAAUACACAGACUGCCACGAGACAACAGCCAAGUCUGAAUGAGUAAUCUUUGCUGUGAAAGCUUUGUUUACAUCAGUAAUGUCUGAAAACACAGAAGAAAGGCUGGCGUAUAAUUUCAAUCACAAUCAGUUUAGAAACACAGAAUUCCUAUUUUUUACCUGUAAAGUCAAACUUAAACCAUGUUUAUUAAUAAAUCUCAAAUGUAUGUACUAAAAAAUGUCAGAUUAGGCAUUAAUUUAAGCAUAGUAACUGGUCUGUAACGUUAGGGACUGACUGACAUCAUACAUGAAUAAUGUUAAUUGAAUCCAUCCAACUCUGUCGCACUAAAUCCUGGUGAUCUGCUAACCACUAUCAGUGUGAGUGCAUUCCUACUUCAUUAAACCAACUCGUCUUGUAGUUUCUGUCUCACAUCUCUGUGACCAACAGCGAUAAAUUGUUUCAGAUGAACAAAUGGUGCUUUUGAUCUUGUACUACUGAAACAAUCAGGGUUAACAAGAGUUCGCUCAUUUAUUUCUUUCAAAACAACAUUUUUGUAUGUUUUUUUUUUUUGUAUCUCAUAAACUACAAUAUGUUUUUUAAUUAACGUUUAUUUAACGAUGCAGGCCAGUAAAGAGCAAUCUUAUUUAAACUCUUGUCCUGUGUAAUAAAAUGUAAUAGACGCUGGCUGUGAUCUACGGCUGCAGCAGUUUUCAGGUAUUUAUGUUUGAGUCUCAAUAAUUGAAAUAGUAAAGUGUCUCACUUUACAUGUGUUAGUUUUGUUGCCAACCCUCCACUAUUAAUUAUUACACAAAUGUAACCACUCACUGUAAUUACAUUGAAAUUAAGCGUCCACAGGCUACUAUAAAUCAACUGAUAUUUUUGCAAUCAGCUUGAAAGACGUUUUUUUUUUGUUAGUUUUUUUUUAAGUCUGUCAAUUUUUUGUUGUCCUGCAGUGGUUGUUACAUGGAAAUGUUAAUGGAAUAUUUGUUGAUAAUAAUGUCAUAGUCACUGAAUACUGAAGUGUUUUUUUUUUUCAAUAAAAGCUACUUUGAGACUA